CAUAAGAAUAAGAAGAAAAAGAGAUCAUAUCUCGACUCCAACAAUUCCAGUAACAAUAGCUCUGGAGCUAUUGCCAAUCCAGUGGUUGUUCUCAGUCAAUGUCAACAUCUUGCUCUUAGAGAAAGUGUAUGGCAUUUAUCUAAGAAGGGAACAGAGAUAUUCAAGUGCCAUUAUUGUUACAAGAAGCACAAGUUUUCCGAUGUUACAGAGGCGUAUUUCAUCGAUUUAUAGGGUUUAUAGAAUUAGGUUUGUAUUAUAGGUUUUAAGUAUACAAAGGAUUAUAUCAAUGCAAAAAAUUUGCGAAGGCUUCACUUGCCUGAAAAAUAAAAAAAAAUAUUUUUGAGCCUAUGUAUCAAACCAGAAAGACAAAGAGAUAGUAAAAGGUCUGGGAGCAAACAUACGAUGGGUGACAAGAGUAAUGGGAAGUCUGAGACAUUAUUGAUAGAGGAAGAAUCCAUAUUGGGAUACCCUUGGAUUCCGAUAUACGAAAAACCAGUGAAUUUUGAUGCAAAUCAUUUUGAAACUGCUAUGUCAAAUUUAAUCAAACAACCAAAUAUCAAUUCAACUGUUAUAAUGAGAGCAGACAUCUUAACGGAAAACAUCUACGAUCCUGAAAAGGGAGAUACCAAGUUUGUCAGUAAACUUGUGAAUCAAAUGCCUGAGUUCCCAUCAUCUGACGAAUCAGCCAUACUUAAACGAGAUUUGACUGAUGUGACUUUACGAUCCAUUCCAUCAUCUCAAGAUGAUCAAAACUUACAUUUGAAACCAAAAUAUGAAAUCAUAAGGCGAAUCAUACCGAGAAAUCCAUUCAAAGAUUAUAUCAUUAAUCAAACGUGUUUAGUACUAGCAAAUGGUACUGAAAGUGUAUUGGUUGUAUAUAUACCUCAUAUCUCCUCAAAAGAAGAAGUCCCAUUUUAUUUACCCGAAGUUUAUGGAGUAGGGAUAUUGUAUCAUAAGAAGUCAUUAUCAAUUCAUUAUUUACCAUUUGGAUAUCAAGGUGAAUCAAAAGUGGAAUAUAACGCCUUAAAAUCGUUAGAUUCGGGAAAUAGAGCCAUCAGAAUCGCAUUGAGAUUAUUGGAAACAUCAUAUAAACAUUCUAAUGGAGUUAUGGCAGGGUACGAAAAGAGAGUCAAUCAUGAUAUGAUUGUUCCUAAAAUUGCAUUUCAAAACAGAUAUAUCAGUUUAAAAAAGAAAUAUUCUUCUGAUUUAGUUAAUCUGUGGAGUGAAAGUACUGAUCCUAAGAAGCAUGUAUUUGAAGAUCUUGCCAUAGCUGCAUUUUUAAUUGAAUUCUGGAAGAUCUUAUAUAAGGAAGAUGAAGAGUUUGAAUUCAGAGAUUUAGGAUGUGGUAAUGGGUUACUUGUAUAUAUUUUGAAUAAUGAGGGGUAUAAAGGGAUUGGUAUUGAUGCCAGAGCUCGAAAAUCAUGGAUAGGAUAUCCUGAAAGUGUACAAAACAAUUUAAAAGAGCAAAUCGUCAUCCCAAGCAUAUUAUUAAAACCUCACCCAGCUGUUGCUAAAAUGGCUCCCCAUCUUAAAGAUAAUGGUCGAUAUUUUCAAAUUCCUGAUUCACCUUCAUCAUAUUAUUCAUCAGCCAGUUUACUUGCUUCUGACAAAGUAUGUACUAUGGAAGAUUUCCCUAAGAAUACCUUUAUAAUUGGAAAUCAUUCUGAUGAAUUGACGUGUUGGAUCCCUCUUUUAGGGUAUCCUUUCAUGGUUAUUCCAUGUUGUUCUCAUUCUGUGUCAGGUAUAAAAGUAAGAUUCACUCCAAGAAAGAACUCUCCAUCAAGCAAUUCUACAUAUGCAAGUCUUGUAGAUCAUGUGGAAGACUUAUCUAUCACUAUGGGGUGGAAUGCUAAAAAGGAAAUGUUAAGAAUUCCAAGUACUAGAAACGCUGCUAUCAUUGGAACUGAAAGAAGUAUCAUUGAAAAUGAAGAAUCUUACCAAACUAGACUAUUAGACAUUCUUGCAUUAGAAGGAGGUACUGAAGGCUGGGUUGAGAAUUCAGUUGCCUUAAUGAAAAGACCACCUAGAAAUCAUUAGAUUUAGAUAAUUAGAUAUAUUAUAAUGUAAAUAAUUGCAACUUUAAUUAUGUCCUAAAUAGGCAACAUUUCCUGUACAUAACCCAUCUAACACUAACACGAA